AUGCGCCUUAAUCCUACCUCGACAUACACUAUUCCAGUUCAUCCUGCGACUGAAGGAUUCGAUAUACAAAAGCUAGCCGUAGAAAAGCAUGAGUUCCCUGCACCUGCACCUGCAACGCAAAAGAUAGCUUUCUUAUUUUCGCACUCUAAUGGAUUUCAUAAAGAGUCUCUUCAUCCUUUAAUUAGGCGACUAAAGGAUAAUUUACGUGCAAUGAAAGAAUAUGACCAUACAGAUAUUCAUGUCUUUGCUUGGGACGCUCGUGGCCACGGUGAUUCGGCUCGCUUGAACGAUGGCAUAACCGUUCCAACAUAUCGAUGGUUUGAUAAUGCAUUGGAUACAAAGCAAGUUGUUGAUAAGAUGAAAUUGAAAAAGUAUGAUCAGUUGAUAGGAGUCGGCCACAGCCUUGGAGCUACUUCCAUGAUAUUAGUAGAGUUCUUCUUUCCUCAUACGUUUGAUGGACUUUGUGUAGUUGAACCAGUCAUGAGUCGUCUCUUCUACCCUAUGGAGAUUAAGCUACGUUCUCCCAUACUUUCUUCAGGAAAACGACGAGAUGAAUGGCAAAACAGGGAAGAAUGUAAGGCUUCUUUGUUGAAGCGAAAGUUUUGGAAGUUGUUUGAUCCGGAAGUAUUAGAUCUCUAUGUUGAUUAUGGUAUGUAUGAUACAGAUAAAGGAACAAUCAAAUUAAAGUGCCCAAGGGAACAUGAAUACCAUGUAUUUAGACAUAGUAGCUACGAUACCUUUACAGCAUACAACUCGUUAAAGAUAAUAACGAUACCCAUUCACUUUGUUUAUGCUCUCGAUUCAGAUUUUGUAGCGCCUGAGGAUACACAUACGGUCGUUGAUCAGAACCCAGCAAAGAUUACAGUCCAACAUAUUGAAGGAACACAUAUGGUUGUUAAUGAAAAGCCUGAUCUUAUCACUCCUCAAAUCAUGGCAUUGAUCGAUCGUGUUAAGCAAGAAAGCAAAAAUGGCAAAGGACAAGCCAAACUUUAG